AUGGAUAUCUUUGUGGAUGCCACUGAGAUGACCACCAGCCAGAAUCUGAGAGAAAAGAUGAGCCAGAGGACAAGAGCUAAGGCUGAAGCUGAGGCUCAGGAACUGAUGGCCAGUUUCUUCGAGGAUCUUGAAGCAAAUGACAAACAACUGAGAGAACAGAUCCGCACUAAGGCCGUUAGGGUACUGAUGGGGAUUUUCAUCUACGACCCUGAGACCAAUGACCCCUCAAUCAAGGUCCUGAAAGAGGUGGAUGCUGGAGCAGAGGAAGAGGAUGAAGCCAUCAGUCAGGUCUUGGAUGAGGAAGAGGGAACAAUCGACCUGCCACUGGAAGCUGAAGCUGAUGCCGAGGUUGAAGCUGAGGUUGAUGCUGAUGAAAAAAGAAAGGCAGAAGACGCUGAAAUACAGAACAGCACAUCUCUGGAAGAAGACGAGGUUCAAGCUGUUGCUGAAGCUGCUGUUGAAGAUAAAUUUGAAGCUGAUGCUGAUGCUGAAGCUGACUCUAAAGCUGAGGUUGAAACUGAGGCUGAAGCCGAGGCUGAGGUUGAGGCUGAGGUUGAGGUUGAAACUGAAGCUGAGGUUGAAGCUGAGGCUGAAGCUGCGGUUGAAGCUGAGUUUGAGGCUGAGGCUGAAGCUGAGGUUGAGGCUGAGGCUGAAGCUGCGGUUGAGGCUGAGGCUGAAGCCGAGGUUGAAGCUAAUCCUGAGGAUGAAGCUGAGUUUGAAGCAGACCCUGUAGUUGAUGCUGAACCUGAAGCUGAACCUGAAGCUGAAGCUGUAGUUGACGUUGAACCUAAAGCUGAACCUGAAGCUGAAGCUGCAGCUGCUGCUGAAGAAAGAAAGCCGGAAGACAGUGAAACAGAGAACAGCACAUCUCUGGUAAACACCAACGAGACGGACGAGCCUGCUGAAAGCACCAGGAAAGGAGACGAGAAAAAGAAAAGGACCAGGAGAGGAACACGAGGCAGAGGCAGAAAGAUCAAUUACAGAAAGUUCCAGGACAACAAAGCAGAAACAGAGAAGCUGAAAGAGGUGGAUGAUGGAGCGGAGGCUGAAGCCAUCAGUGAACUGAUGAACGUCCUCCUGGAUGAGACGGAGGAAUCCAAUGGCCAGUCUCUGGCAGGAGAAAGUGGGGAGAUCGUGAUGAGUGCCGACGCUGAAGCUGAGGCUGAAGCCUUUAAUGAUUUCCUGACCGUCCUCCUGGAGGAGAUAAGCGACGAGAUCAACCUGCCUCUGGGGAUGCUGAAAGAGGUGGAUGAUGGGGCGGAGGCUGAAGCCAUCAACCAGCUCCUGAACGUCUUCCUGGAUCAGUCAGGGGAAAUGAUCCACCUGCCUCUGGCAGGAGAAAGUGGGGAGAUCGUGAUGAGUGCCGACGCUGAAGCUGAGGCUGAAGCCUUUAAUGAUUUCCUGACCGUCCUCCUGGAGGAGAUAAGCGACGAGAUCAACCUGCCUCUGGAAGAAGUUAAGGCUAAAGCUGUUGUUGAAGCUGAAGCUGAAGUUGAGGCUGAAGGUGAAGCUGAAGUUGAGGCUGAAGCUAAAGGUGAAGCUGAAGGAGUUGUUGAAGAAGGAAAGCUGGACGACACUGAAACAGAGAACAGCACAUGUCUGGAGAGCAAUAAUAAAGAGAAGCCUGAAAACACCGGGAAUGGAAAUGAGAAAAAGAAAAGGAGCAGGAGAGGAACACGAGGCAAAGGAAGGAAGAUCAAUUACAGAAAGUUCCAGGACAAUAAAGCAGGACGAUCUGCAGCUGAGGUCAUAGAAAGACCAGCAGAAGAUGCAGCAACAGAGAACAGCACACCUCUGGGUGAGAAGGAGCGAUCACCGAGUUCUUUUUAUUCCUGA